AUGUGUAGAGCGUAAAUCUGCUAGCGUUAUUACUCUAUCACGUCACACGAGACAACCAGCGUUCUUAAUAGAAACCGCCAAAUUGAAGCCAAAUUCAAAACGCCACCACUCAACGAGAUCAAAAAAUAAAAAUAAGAAUAUUACGUAAGACGAGAUCUAUUACCCCCUACCCCUGAGUAAGAAAUAGUAAGAAAUCCUUUACCCCCACCCACCCCAAAACACCUUACGUAAUUUAUGGACGGCCCCUAAUCUGUGACUAAGGUUUUCUUUCUCCGAAGUUGGCAACACUUUCGUCUUUAUUUUCGUUUUCGAUUUGCUUCCGUGUGGUUUCUACGACGACAGAAAAUGAGCUCGGAUAAGAGACGUAGAGCGAGAACUCAAGGGAGGUUUAGCGAUCCUCGGUGUGAUAAUUCGAGAAAUAAAGAAAAGAGUAAACGACCUUCUGAUCAUUUCGACCCACGAUUACUUAAUAUUGAAGCUCAAAGCAGUUAUGAAAAUGUGCAGUCGACAAACAGCUGCACUUUUGUAAACAAUGUACAAGAAGUUAGAUGCAAAAAUUCAUCAGAACAAGUUUAUCAACCUAAACAGCUAGGUCUAUUGGAUUUCCAAACAAGAAACUGGACAACUGAUAAAAAAUCUUUAAGUGCUAAUUCUUGUUUGGACCAUGGAAAAAUGUGCCAAGAAAAUCUUGAGAAGAGGGACAAAAGUUUAGAAUAUGGAAAUGAUCCGAGUUAUAAUACGAAGGAAGAAACUCUGAUAGAUAAUUCAGAAGAAGCGAUGGAAAGUGCAGCGUUUACAAAAAAUUUAUUUACAUAUGAACCAACAAAAUUAGAAGAAACAGUUAAAGAAAAGAAAACUAAAAGGAUUAGUGACCCUGGAUGGCAUACAUUAAGUAUUGAACCUUCUGGAAGAUCAGAAGUUUAUUUUAAGCAGGAUUUUAUUAAUGAGGUUUAUCAGAAAGCCUAUUUUGAUCAUCUGAACAAAUAUAUCAAAUGGGAACUUAAAGAAGUUAAUUCAUAUGGAACAAAAUAUCCUCAACCAAGAAUGGUGGCUUGGUUUGGCCCUUUCCCUUAUGGUUAUUCUGGAGUGUUAUUAAAAGCAAAUAAUAAGUUUCCAGAAAUUGUAUUAGAAAUUAAGAACAAAAUAGAGGAUUUGUUGAAGUUGCAAAGAAGAACUGUCACAUUUAAUUCUGUUCUUCUGAACAAAUAUCGUGAUGGAAAAGAUGGAGUGGCAUGGCACAGUGACAAUGAACUUUCUAUGGGAGUUGAUCCAUUAAUUGCCUCUGUAUCUCUUGGUGAAACAAGGAAAUUUGAAAUGAAAAAAAAGCAGUUAAGGUCUGAAGAAUCUAACAAAGAUUUUGCAGAUUAUGUAAUAUAUUUAGAAUCUGGAAGUUUGCUUUUAAUGGAUGGUGUUAUGCAGCAGGAUUGGCUGCAUAGAGUACCAAAAGAAUAUCAUGAUAAAAGUACAAGAAUAAACUUGACCUUUCGAACAGUAUAUCCUAUUGAUCAGAAAAAGAUUUUUCAAAAGUUUUCAAGGGAGUAUGAGUGAUUUGUUUGUCUGACAAUUAUUAAAAACAGUAAAUUACAACUAUACAUAUAAUGAACUUGGAAUAAGCAAUACAUUACGUAGUUAGACUUUUUUAAAUUUAAAAUAUGCAACAAAAUAUUGAAUUUUAUUUGUUUUAUACAUGCAAUGUAGCGUAAUAACAAUCACUUGGCAUGAUUCAUUUCUUUAUUUCAAUAUUCAUUGAUACAUGUUUACACACACGUUUCGGGCGACAUUUGCCCAUCUUCAUUCAACUAAAAAUAUAAAACCAUUUUUAAAUACACAACAACCUAUACAUAAAUUCAAAAAAUACAGAUUAUACAAGUGCAUAUAACAUACCUUAAAAAUACAAAUGCCAUCCUUAGAUGUAUAUUACUACAAGCAUGAACCAUACAAUAUACAUUGGAUUAUCUAGUAUUUUAAUUAAUUUAAAAAAAUUUUUUACUAUAAAACUACAGUUUAAAAACAAAUUGACAAAUUUUGCACAGGACAUACCUCAAAUGCUAGGCCAAAGACUUAACUUUAAUUGGUACACACAAGACUUUGACUUUCACGGCCAGGUUUUUUAAUUUGAAGAUCCUUUAAACUUCCAUAAAGUCUUGUAAAAAAUGAAUAUAGUUAAUGUACCUAGUACAUAAAUAUUAUGCUAUAUACUUAACUUAUCUUUGCAUACACAUUCUCAGAAGACCCUUGGAGAUGCAAAGGGAAACCUGGAAUAGACGUAGCACAGUUCUAUCUUUUUUAAUUUCGGUACCAAUUCAUACAUAAUCCACAGGAUUGAACCUCUCUUUGACUAAUCAUUUUAGUAACAGUUCUUAUUAUGCUACAUUGCGCUUAUAAAAGAAAUAAAAAAUACGACACGGUUUCAAAAUAUGGAAGAAAAAUUGAAUUUUAUAUUACAAUUUUAAACUGUCUCUGAAAUCAAUAAGAUAGCAAUCUAGUUCACAUUUGUCAAAUUACUAUGCAAAUAAAAUUAUUAUAAUUUUACAACCCCUGGUCAAAAGUAAGGAAUAAUGUCAUUCAAUUCAGCUUAAAGUUUAAAAAACAGACUUCAGCUUAAAGUUUAGAUAAAUAAUUCUUUUUAAUAAAAUUUAUUUGCAGUCUUGUGCAAGUAAUAACAGAAAACAGAAGUAAGCAAUUAUAUUAAAAAUUUAAGAAACAGCAUGUUGAACGCUUGAGUAAUGUCAGCUAAAAAUAUGGAAUAUAGUAAUUGCAGAGAUAUACAAGGUCUGUUUCAAAACUAAGUGUACUGAUUUUUAUAUUUAAUGACUGUGCAGCUUAACACAUUGUUAAUUGGUAUUUCAUAUUGCUAGAUAUCUUCUUAGCAGCUUAUCUAGUCCUGUUUCAAGAUGAUCGGUUAAGUCAAACAUUCAUAAUCUCCGUUUGUGUAAGAUAGUUCACAUUGUUAUGUUUGAAAUGGAGAAAAAUCUUGAACAACAUUAUGCUAUCAAGUUUUGUGUGAAACUGAAGAAAUUGCAACCAAGACAUUUGCAGAUUUAACCAAAGCUUAUGAAGAUGCCACUUUAUCCAAAAACAUGGUGUCAGAUGGCACAAAUAUCUAGAGUAAAGACAAUGCUUAUCUUGUUUUUGAUAGCCGUGGAAUUGUGCACAAAGGAUUUUUACCUUCAGGACAGACAAUUAAUCAAGUCUUCUACAAAGAUGUCUUGGAACGACUUCGAAAAAGGGUCAAGCAAGUCUACAGGGACACUGCAAAAGAUUGGGUGCUGCGCCAUGAUAAUGCGUCUGCUCACACAGUGCUAUCAAUUUGAGAAGAAAAAAUCUCACACUCCCACAACCUCCCUACAGCCCAGACCUAGUUCUGUGUGACUUCUACCUAUUCCCUAAGAUAAAGUCCAAGUUCAAAGGUCAUCAUUUCGGGACAAUGGAAAACAUCAAAAAAGUUGCAACCAACGAACUAAAUACCCUUAUGGAAAAUGACUUCAAGUACUGCUACGACCAGUGGAAAAAACUUUGGAACUACUAUGUGACAUCACAAAAGUCAUACUUUGAAGGAGAUCAUUUGUAGUUUGAUCUAACUCUUGUAUACUUUGAGAUAAAAAAUCAGUACACUUACUUUUGGGACAGACGUCGUAAGUAUUGAAUAAACUAAAUUAAUAUUGCAUGGGACUAUUGUUGUCCUUUAUUAUGGCUUUAAUACAUCUUGGUAUUGAAGCAACUAAUUUUUCAUUUCAGUCUGUAGGUAUUUUUGUCCAGUUGGUUCAGAUAGCACUCUUCAGAUAAUGAGGCUGGUUUCUUUUUCAAACCAGUUUCUUCAAACAUUCCACAAAUUAUCUAUUUGAUUUAAAACUGGGCUGUUUGGUGGCUAAUCUAAAUGCAAAAUGUUUUUAUUUAGAAACCACUAGUCUACUGUUUCAGCUCGAUAUAUGGUCAUGUUGAUAAAUGAGUCACCAAAGUGUUCCUCUGCUGUUUUAGCACAGAAUUCUCUAAAAUUUUGAACUAAACCUGUGCAUUCACUAUAAUCUUGAUAAAUUUCAAAUGUCCAAGUCCUUCUGCUAUUGUGGCACCCCAAACUAAUUUUGUUUCAAAAUUUCGGUUUUGAAACAAGGCAUUCUGACAAACUUUUCAUUGGGUUUUUUUUCUUCAAACUUUGCUGCUAUUGUUAUAUCUGUAUCCUGUGCAAAUACAGUAGUACCUCAGGAUACGAAAUUAAAUCAUUCUGAAACUGAGAUCAUAUCAUGAAAAUGUCGUAAGGUGAAUCAUUUUUUCCCCAUACGAUUACAUGCAAAACUAAAUAAUUCGUUC